AUGAUGUUCUCCCGACCGAUUCUGGCCACGGCGGCCAAUGUCAUUGAGACUAGCCAACUGCGCAGGAGAUAUUAUAGUGCACAAGUGUACGCCCAGACACAACGUGCACUCUCUAUUCCUGUCACUCUCAUACUCCGGUGGGAUGACUACUUGACACGACCAGUGAGAGUUAAGGCGCAGGACCGACGGCUUUACGUGCUCUCCGAGGCACGGGGG